GCUUCCUCCUACGAGUGUAGGCGUGACUUCAGAGCGAAUGUCACAUCCACCGGCCGCGACCAGACUGUCUAGUUCAGAGGUGUGGGAAGCUGGGGUGCGCUUCGUAGGGAAAGGGGGAGUAUUUUAUAUUGUUCUCUUUAGUUUUUGUAUGUUUCUUUUCGAGGGAGGGUGAGAGAGAGAGAGAGCGAGAGAGAGAGCGGUCGCCUCCUUUGCAAAAAUGAUGAAGAAACAGUUGAAUCGGAUGUUGCAGUUGGCAAACCACAGCAUUGGAAGAAGCGAGACAACAGAACUACUCAGCGAAGACCUUGUACAGUAUGAGAACCGGAUCGAGCCCACCAAACGAGCCAUGUACAAUGCACACCGGAGGCUGUUGGCUUGUCUGCAGGGCCAGCAGGGCUCCGACCUGGAGAAGCGUUUGAAAAAGAUGCCUCUCAUGUCGUUAUCCCACGUCAUGGAAGAUAGCUGCAGGGAACUCGACACUGCGUCCAGUAUUCGAAAGAUCCUGGAAGUCUGCUGUUUCAUAGAAAGCACCCUGGCCAAGGUCCUGGCAGAGCAUGAGCUCCAGGUGGAGAAAGAUGUCCUGGAUCCUCUCUUCAAGUUGUCUGAGGACGAGUUGCCCAACAUUCUGAAACACAAGAAACAGUUGGCCAAAGUGACACUGGACUGGACGGGGGCCAAAAACAGGCUCAGCCAAGCCACCAAAUCAGGGGGUCCGGGGGCUAGCACGCCCUGCGCGGGGGCCAAGGUGGAUGUGCUCCGAGAGGAGGCAGACGAGGCCUGGAGGAAAGUGGAACAAUCCAAGGAUGAAUACGCCGCUGACCUCUAUCACUUCGCCAGUAAGGAGGAAGAAUAUGCCAACUAUUUCCUAUCGCUGCUAGAGGCACAGGCUGACUAUCACAGGAAGUCGCUGAAAGUGCUCGACACCUUGAUGCCCGGGUUGAAAUCUGCCCCCAAUGCAGCAGAGCGCAACGGAAGGCAGGCUGCCUUUGGCAAACCUCUGCAGGAACAUCUGGAGAGCUGUCAGCGUCAGAUUGCUCUCCCCAUCGAGGCCUGUGUGAUGAUGCUGCUGGAGAAAGGAAUGAAGGAAGAGGGUCUAUUCAGACUUGCUCCUGCAGCUUCUGUGCUGAAACAAUUAAAAUCGUCGUUGGACAGUGGUGCUUUCAACCCGGAAGAGUUCAAAUAUGACCCCCACGCUGUGGCCGGUGCCCUGAAGUCCUACCUCAGAGAGUUACCCCAUCCCCUCAUGACAUUCAAUCUCUACGACGAAUGGUUUGAAGCUGCAAGUGAGAAAGACCAGGAGACUAAGGUGGAGAGACUUCGAGAUGUGUGCAGCAAACUGCCCGGGAAUUACUCAAACCUGCGGUACCUGAUUAAGUUCCUGGCGAGGCUGGCAGAGGAUCAGGACGUGAACAAGAUGAGCCCCAGUAACAUUGCCAUCGUCCUCGGCCCCAACCUGCUCUGGCCCCAGAAUGAAGGGAUUGUCUCACUGGCUGAUAUGGCAUCAGCUUCCUCCGUCCAAGUGGUGUCGGUGAUGGAACCCAUCAUCCUGAACGCUAACAAGAUCUUCCCAGGAGACCUGGAUUUCAAUGUCUCGGGAGCUUUCGUACCUGGGGGGCCGGGACCCUCGGAGUGCAGCCCCGCCCUGGAGCAGGAGGAAAAGGCCUCUCCCGAGCCAACACAAGUCCCCCCAACCAUCGCCAACACCACCCCCCCAGGCCCGAAGAAGGAAACCUCCACCCAGGCUCAGAGUGAGACCCUCCCAGUGGCUCCUGCCUCAUCACCAGCCCCGUCCAGGGAGGUCGGUCAGCCACAACAUCAGCCUCUACAGAGAAGCUCCAGUCAAGCCCCAGCCUCUGUCGUCCAGGCUCCCAUCAUCGUAACCAGCCACUCAGUCAAGAAAGGUCGGAGACCAACUCCCGCACGGCCAACGUUCCCGCCUCCUCUCAAUCCCAGAGCCAGCCUCUACUCUGGUCUCGAGGAGCCCAGGCCUAUGACACGGAACCUCAGGGGCUCCUCUAUGCCUCUCCGAGUGCCGUCGAUGCCCCCGCCCCGGCCCCCCACCUCGUACCAACGCACGGGCAGCAUGGGCGAGCAGGUGAGAGGAGGAGAAGCCGGGCUCCCGAACAGAAGGACUUCGGGGCCCGACGAUGGGGUCAGCCUGGCCGCAACGCCUCCUCAAAGCUUCAAAGUCGACUGGAACAAGAGGCCGGAACCCAGGCCUCGGAGCCGGUUGUUGUCAGCCAGCAAGAGCAACAAUCCCGUUGGAACCACCGUUCUCUGUGAACACGAGGAAGAGUUCACAUCAACAGAGGAAAGCAAUGACUAACGCGGCAAAAGAUGUCCCCCUCCUAACCCAACACCCACCAGUGGCCGGGCCGGUGCAGGAGACAGGCAGACCGACGCUUUGGUCAUCGCUGGCUUCUUCACCAAACUUUUCCCCAAAUUCCCGACCGGCAUGAUCCGGGCUGGAAGACCGAGACUUUCUUUUGAGAUACAAAGUGGAGGAAAAGUUCAGGACAAUACACACACACCACGCACACAGGAAGUGUUUCUUUACACAACGGCAACAGCUCGCAUUUAUAGCACGCCCCUCAUGCAGGGCCGCGUCCCAGAGCGCUUGACAUUGGCGGAGCACGACCCCGAGCCGGGCGUGAGAGAGCGCCCGGGGCUCACAUUAACACACCCCUCGUGUUUCUCGAGGACAAUCAGGAGAUGAACGAGAACUCGAAGACGCGCGCGUAACUUUAAAAGUUUGUUCGACCAAUAAAAAUCUAAUCCUUGUUCUUCU